AUGCAGAAAAUAGAAUCAACAGAUGAUGAAACUACUCCUAUAUUGAGCAUUGAGAAUUUCUCAAACACUUAUGAGAAAAUUACAACAGAGGAGUCGACUACUCCAGAACCAACGUCGACUAGUCCAAUCGAAAAGACAGGCACUCCCAAAGAAUGGAGACACAUCGCCAACUAUCCAAAUCACUUCAUCAUGGGUAAACCAACCAACUCAAUACAGACCAGAGCUUUAUUGAGAAAACAAGCAUCUGUAGCACUUGUGUCUCAACUUGAAACUAAGCGUAUAAAUGAGGCAAUGGAAGAUGAAUCCUGGAGACAAGCAAUGAAAGAAGAACUUGACCACUUUGCAAAACUUAUGAAAGGAGAAUUCAAAAUGAGUCUAAUGGGAGAACUCACAUUCUUCCUCGGACUACAAAUCAAGGAGUUAACAAAUGGGGCGUUUAUCAGUCAAACUAAAUAUACAAAGGAACUGAUCAAAAAGUUCGGCCUUGACAAGGGAAAAGCAUUUGGCACUCCAAUGAUUCCAUCCACUUGCCUUGAAACAGAUGCACCAAGUAAAGAUGUAGAUGCAAAAAUGUAUCGAGGAAUGGUUGGAUCACUACUUUAUCGUACUGCUAGCCGACUAGAUAUCAUGUAUAGUGUAUGCAAGUGUGUGAGGUUUCAAUCUGCUCAAAAAGAGUCACAUCUUACUAUAGUAAAACGAAUUAUUCGCUAUUUGAUUGGAAAUUUAGACUUAGGGCUUUGGUAUCCUUACUCAUCCCAUUUUGAUUUGAUUGGCUAUUCAGAUGUUGACUUUGCAGGUGACAAAAAUGAUCAUAAAAGUACAAGUGGAACAUGCCAAAUUUUGGGUCAAUCGUUGAUCUCCUGGCACAACAAAAAGCAAACCUCGUUUGCACUAUCCACUACUAAAUCUGAAUAUCUAGUCAUGGGAAGUUUUGGUACUCAACUACUAUGGAUGAUGCAUCAAUUACUUGAUUAUGAUCUUUCUUAUGAAGUUGUUUCUAUUUUCUACGAUAAUACUAGCGCUAUAAAUUAG